AAAGCCUUCCCGCGGGCUAUUCACCGUGGAGCUGAGUUUACUGGUGAAACUAAGAGUGUGAUAGUGUACGUUAGAGGAGUGUUGUCGAAAGAAAGUGGGUGUUCUCGCUGUUAAAGUCUUGGGUCCAAUGAUGGAGGUCGGGAGUGGCGUGGAAGGGCCCCAGGGGGCGCAGUACCCCACCGGCUAUGCGCCCAUGUCGUCUCUCCAGGACUUCUACUCGAACACUCAGCACUGCUCCUACUCCAACCCCGGUCGGUUCGCCCAGGGGGGGAUGUACCGCGCACACCCCCACUUCCCGACCCCCCUUCACUCCUGGCUGGGCACGGACAAGAUGGCCGCCGCCCCAGCCGCCUACAACACCCCCGCUUCCUCCUGGCACACGCCCUUCGCCAAGACCUACCAGCCCACGCCCUCGCCCGCCCACCAGGCCCACCAGCCCACUCAGGGGUACGCUGCCUAUGGGUACCCUCCCACACCACCCGAGGAAGCCCCAACAGCACCCAACACCCAGCAAGUACCAGCCCCACCACCCCAGCAACAGCCACAGGAGCAGCCAAUGAGCACCAGUCCCCUGCCACAGCAACAACAACAGCAGCAGCAGCAGCAACAACAGCAGGAUACAGCCACAUCUCGCAUGACUCCGGAGCGCCUUACAACGUCGCCGGCGGGCACAGGAGACGUCAUUGACAUUAAAUGUGACGCCUACACACCUGUCUUCAGUUCCUCCUUCGCCUCCAAACCCACCCUCUCUCUCUCUCCCGCCCACUCCACCGCCCAUCCCACCGGCUACACGGGCUAUCCCACCCACUCUUCCAUGGACUUCGCAGCGCACACGGGCUAUUCGGGCUUCUACCCUUCGUCAGGCAUGUCAUCCAUGUUCAGCAAGCCUUUCUCCACCGUCCCAGCUACAGCUAUUUCGCCCUCCCACGACAAGUCCAAGAACUCGAAGCGAUCCAGUACAGAGGGCCGCGAGUGCGUCAACUGCGGAGCCACGUCGACGCCGCUGUGGCGACGCGACGGUAACGGUCACUACUUGUGCAACGCCUGCGGUCUCUACUACAAGAUGAACGGCCAGAACCGUCCCCUCAUCAAGCCCAAACAACGCACGUCCGCCAACCGUCGAGAAGGAACGUCUUGCGUCAAUUGCAAGACCCAGACCACGACGCUCUGGCGACGUAACCAGAAUGGCGAGUCGGUCUGCAAUGCCUGCGGCCUCUACUUCAAACUUCACAAUGUGGCUCGGCCGCUCUCCAUGAAGAAGGAAGGUAUCCAGACCCGGAACCGCAAGUUGAGCCAGAAGUCCAAGAAGAAGAAGGGGAUGCUAGGCUUCCCGGACAUGUUGAAGCCGCUGGACAAGGGCGGCUUCGGUGGCUUCGGGACUGGAGGCUCCGGGUUCGGCUCCAUGUCUCACUACAUGUACGGCGGCCAGAUGCACGGCUCCUCCAUGGCGGGCGGCUUCAUGUCAGGGCCGCCCGUGCACGGCAUGUCGGCCAUGUCGGGCGGCCUGGGGAGUCUGGGACUGUCCUCCGCCGCUGCCGCCUCCGCUGCCUCCCUAGGCUUCAGUUCGGGUUUCUGUACUGUAGCCGCGUAAGAAUACGCCCAGAAGCACGCCCACUGGAUGCAUGAUCCCUUGAGCGAGCCUCGUAUCCCCUUAUAAUACCCACCUUGGGUAACAUUUGGGCAUGACGCCCGCAUAGUGUACAAAGGAGUGCCUGCAGCUUCUGCAACAGAAGUACCAGCAGAAGCUGCAGUUGAAGGUGCAGAAUGUUGCAGACGUAUAGCAGCAGCCGCAGCAGUAGCGGAUAAGGAAGAGGCAGCAGCUGUAUAGAGGUUGUAGGAACAGCUGCUGAGUGUACAGUGUAUAUAGUGUACUAUAGACCACAUAGAGACUAUUUAAUGCAUCAUUUCUUGUCCUUAAGCUAAGAUGAGCAUCAUAUUGCAUAUUGUAAUAUUGAUUACUGUAAUUAUUAUGUGAUACAAAUAAAGAGAACCCUUUUUUUGGCCA